AUGGAGGGAACGGGGCCUGGGUGGCUUGUGCCUUCCUCCCACAAAGAUCACAAAAUGCUCCCGGCGCUUACUUCCGACGCAUCCAAGGAGUUCUGCAACAACAGAAGGGGAAACAAGGCUUCACAGUCCUCAUCUUUCACUGACAGGAAUAACAGUGCUACGCAGCUCUUAAAUGCAGGAGCUCUUGCGGAUGAAAGUCUGCUUUUAGGACAGGCCCCGCAGAGCCAGGCUGCGGCACGGCAGGGAGAAGCCCAGCACAUCUACACAUCUGGCGUUUACCUACUCGCUCGCGCCGUGGCUGCCACGCAGCCUAUCUGGGCGGCCGGCUGGCACAGCCCGCGGUCACCGGAGCGAUGCCGAAGAGGAAACUCCGGGUCCCUCUCCGGGCGAGGGGCGCGCUGCGGGCCGGCUCCGGGCGGGCAGCUCUCCCUCCUCGGCGGCGGCGGGUGUGCUCCGCUCUGCGGCCAGCGGCGGGCAGCGUCCAUUGCAGCUCGGCGGGUCCGCGUCCGGAGUCCAGGGGCUCCGGCAGCCAGCGGGGAACCAGCCCCCGCUCCCCUAAACACCGCUGGCCAGCUCUCCCCGAGGAGGAAACAGCACGGCGGGGCCGCUCGUCCUGCAUUUCACCGCUCGGGAGCCGCUGCCGCCGCCGCCGGAGCGCUCAAAACAAAGCGGAGAACAGUCACUUUCCACACUGUUCCCUUCCCUCCCCGCGCCGAGUAA